AUGGGAGUGAUUCGGCUGAAGUUGACAGAUAGAAUGUCUAUGUCGAUUGUAGUGACGAUAGACACAAGAAAAACAAUUGGAGAGCUUAAAGAGGAGAUAUGCAAGAGGGCUGGAAAGUCGAAAGAGCAAAUUUUACUUGUCAAAUGUAAAAGAGAGUUAGUGGAUGCAAUCGACAUUGAUACUUAUGAAUUAAGGGAUGGAGAAUGCAUUGAGGUAGAAUACAGAUGA